AUGACAUCAGAGCCUAUUGCCAUCAUUGGCAUGAGCUGUCGCUUCCCAGGCGGCGCCUCCGAGCCAGCUCGUCUUUGGGACGUCCUGUCGAGCGGAAAAUCGGCAUGGAGUGAAGUGCCCAAAGACCGGUUCAACAUGAAGGCAUUUUAUCUCAAGGGAGAUCCCCACCCUAGCACGACAAACACUCCCGGAGGACAUUUCCUGGACUCGGAUGUGGCCACGUUCGAUUGCAGCUUCUUUGAGAUCAAACCUACCGAGGCUCGAGCCAUGGAUCCUCAACAGCGUCUCACAUUAGAGCUUGCGUACGAAGCAUUCGAGAAUGCUGGUUUGACCAUCUCCCAACUUUGGGGAUCCUCGACGGGCGUAUACGUUGGCCAGUGGAGUUCCGACUACAGCGAAAUCAUGGCGCGAGAUCCUGAACAUCAGGAACUCUACCACACCCUCGGUACUGGUGCAGCCAUUACCUCGAAUCGCGUCUCUUUCUUCUUCAACCUGCGAGGUCCCAGUUUUACCGUUGAUACGGGCUGUUCUGCGAGUCUGGUGGCACUACACAAUGCUGUCCAGAGCUUGCGCAGCGGCGAAAGCACAAUGAGCCUUGUCGGCGGCGUUAAUAUAUUAUUGGAUCCUCAGCGCUUUACUUACCAAAGUAAAUUAAAGAUGUUUUCGCCUGAUGGUCGUUCUUUCUCAUUUGAUGAGCGGGCUAAUGGCUAUGGUCGUGGGGAAGGAUGUGGCUGCGUCGUUUUGAAACCACUUUCGUUGGCCAUCAAGGACGGCGACGAGAUCCGCGCCGUGAUUCGCAACUCGGCUCUUAAUCAAGACGGCCGAACACCACAAGGCAUCAGUGUGCCAAGUGGUGAAGCGCAAGAAGAACUAAUUCGCCGGGCAUAUGCCGAGGCUGGGCUUGUUCCUGCUGAGACGGAUUAUGUCGAAGCCCACGGAACAGGCACAGCGGUCGGCGAUCCGAUCGAAGCUCAAGCGAUUGCCAAUGUACUUGCUUGCCCCCGUGACUCGACUCAAGGGCCAUUAAUCAUGGGAUCCGUCAAAGGAAAUAUUGGUCAUACAGAGAGCGCGGCUGGUAUUGCAGGGUUGAUCAAGUCCGUCUUGAUGCUCGAAAACCAAGCCUUGCCCCCUCAGGUCAAUUAUGAAAAGCCCAACCCCAAGAUUCCGCUGGACAUCUGGAAUUUGAGAAUCCCAACCACAUUUGAGAAGAAAACUCUUCGUCGCAUCUCUGUCAACAGCUUUGGAUAUGGCGGCACCAAUGCUCAUGUCAUCCUUGACCGUGCUGAUGAGCAUGUUCAUCCCGACGCCAUAAACCACUCCAACCCCAUCAAUGCACCCAAUGGCGCCAACGGCACCAACAGUGUGAACGGCACCAACGGCAUGAGCCAGAACAAUGGUGUUAGCGGCACCAAAAAUACCAAUGGCAUCAACGGUGUGAACGGAAUCAAGGAAACUAAUGGCAUCAAUGGCGUUGGCCGCAUCAAUGGAGUCAAUGACUCGGAGCAUACUUCCAUUAUCAGCGGCAACAACCACGUCAUUGAAAAGACCGGCAUUGAAUCCGACGUCGCAACAGAGUUGCCUCGUGUGUUUAUCUUGAGCGGCGCCGAAGAGCAGGGCUGUUACAGAAAUGCACGGCGUCUAGCUGAAUAUUCUAGCAAAACCCUCGCCACUUCGUUGGAGGACGUCAACACGUUCCUAGACCGCCUAGCUCUGACAGUCAACAAGCGUACUAUCCACGACUACAGCGCUUCCGUUGUUGCUUACGACGAAGACGAUUUGCUGGUGCAGCUCGACGUGUUGGAGCAGAUGCCUGUCCCUGUUAGAGCGCCAUUCAAAGGAGGAGCCCGUGUUGGGUAUGUGUUCGGAGGCCAAGGAGCCCAGUAUCAUAACAUGGGUCGAGAGCUCAUUAAUGAUUGGCCCGUCUUUCAUCAAUCUCUGGAUCGCGCCAGCACCCACCUCCGGGCUUUGGGUUGCCAAUGGGACUUGUUCACUGAGCUGAGUCAUGAGAGCCCCAAAACCUCACAUGUGGACGAGCCAGAGUAUGGGCAGACGCUUUCAACGGCCAUACAAUUGGCUUUGGUCGAUACGCUUGCAUCUCUGAAGUUGCGUCCAUCAACUGUCGUGGGACACUCUAGUGGAGAAAUCGCUGCGGCCUACGCUGUUGACGCGCUCACUUUCGAAGACGCCUUGACUGUGGCAUAUCACCGCGGUCGACUAACAUCUAGAUUGAUAUCCACUGGUGUAUCCGGAGGCAUGCUUGCUGUUGGCGCCACACCUGAAGUCGUGCAGACGUUCAUUGAGCAGAUCAAGACCACUGACACGGCUUUGGUCAAGAUUGCUUGCUACAACAGCCCCACCAGUGUGACGCUUUCUGGCGGUAACGACGGCAUCGAGCAGAUAGCGCGCCUGCUACAAGAAGCUGAUGUUUUUCACCGCAAACUCAAGACUCAGGGAGCUGCGUAUCACUCUCGGAUGAUGCAGUCAAUCGAAGACGAGUACCGAUCUGCUAUUGCGCAUAUUCAGCCACGUCCGAUUACUGGGCGCAUGAUGUCUUCCUUGUGGGGAAAAGAGUUGCCUACUGGAUCUUUGCUGGACGGAGAUUACUGGGCUCGAAAUUUGAUCUCUCCAGUUCUCUUCGGCGGAGCUUUGAAAGGACUCAUCCUCGGCGAAAAGCAUGGAGGACCACAACAUACCCCUGAGAUUGACAUUCUCCUGGAAGUGGGCCCUCACGCGCAGAUGCAAGGUGCAGUCAAAGAGACGUUAAAGGGGCUAGGAUCUUCGACUCGCAUCCAGUAUGUGUCUUGCCUCAAAAGGAAGGCAAGCGCAACUGAGACUAUGUUGCGCGCUCUCGCGGACCUCUUCACCCUAGGCGCCCCCAUUGACUUUCAUCGCGCGAAUGCCGGUUUCCGCGCGCAGUUGCCACGUAGGCUGAGAGACGUGCCGCCGUAUGCCUUCAAUCAUGAGCAGCGUCAUUGGCAUGAAACUCGUGUUACACGCGAGUUCAGUCAUCGUCAAUUCUUGCCGCAUGAGCUGUUGGGCAACCUAUCAUCGGACGUGAACCAUACAGAGCCUAAAUGGCGUCGUUUCCUGAGGCUCAAGGAGUUGCCUUGGCUGCAGCAACACAUUGUGCAGGGCCAAGUCAUUUUUCCAGCAGCCGGAUAUCUGGCCAUGGCUCUUGAGGCGAUGCGUCGCUUCAUGGCAUUCAAGGAUGAGUCUAAGGCAGUCAUUGGCUACACAUUAAGCGAUUGUAGCUUCUCCAAGGCACUGGUACUCAAGGAGGGUGACACAGAGACUGAGAUCUGUCUGUCGCUGCGACCCGAGGCACAGAGCGCGAAGAGUUCGUGGCCAGAUUGGAAAGAGUUCCGGGUCUUCUCGACAAACUCUGGCAAAGAAUGGAAUGAGCAUUGUCGCGGCCGUAUCCGCGUCAUUACAGACGACUCCAUGCUAGCAGAUCGCCUAUGCGAUAACUUGAAGGUCAAGGAGAAAACUCUCGAUUCGAUCUCGCACCACAUCUCGCCGAACCGAUUCUACGCCACCGCGCGUCAGGUUGGAAUGGAGUGGUAUGCUCCGUUUGAUAACGUUGUGGAUCUGCAGGGACGGACUGAUUGUUGUGUGACCACCAACAAAAUGCCCAAUGUGCAGAGCUCGGCGCAUCCCUUCGGACCGCAAACAUACAUAGUGCAUCCCGGAAUGCUCGACUCCACGCUAUUCCAUGGAAUCUGCGCCAGUCUCCUAGUGGAACGAGAGAUUAGGGCUCCUGUGGUGCCGGUCUUCAUUGAACAAGUUACUAUCUCAACUGCUUUCGAGGUUCCAGAAGGAACCGAGUUACGCACUUAUGCCCUGGCCAAAGAUGCAGCUUCUUCCUGGAGCGCUCAAAUAGAGGUGGAGGAAAGAGCAGUAAUAAGCGUUCAUGGAAUGAGGACGGCCCAGCUGCCUGGAAAUGUCGAGGCGGCAAUGUCUCGACAAUUGGCACACAGCCCUCAGUGGGUACUUCAUUAUCCCAGUAUGACACGGCAGCAAAUCAUCGCUCAAUGCAAGGACUCACUUCCUGCUGGAUCUUCGCGUCUGCGCAACAUUGCUGUCAGCACGGAUGUACGCAAUCACGUGCAGCGGGCCCUCGGCCAGAUCGAAGAAGACCAAGUUGCGUCCGAUUAUCGGCAGUUGUGGUACAAAUGGAUGCAGGACUUCCUGGCCACAGAUGCCUAUUCUCCUGAAGUGGUGUUGGAAGCCAGGGAGGCAACGACUUCGGAUACCAGUGUUGCCUUCGAAGCAGUAAAACGCGUCGGUGAGAAUCUUGUUGAUCUCCUACGUGGCACUGCAGAUCCUCUUUCCUUCCUCACUCCAGAUGAUUUGCUCGGCAGGAUGUACUCUGAGGAACGAAAUGCUCGCUGCUACCAUCAGAUCAACAUGUACUGCAAGGCCCUCGGUUUACACAACCCGUCGCUCCGGAUGCUCGAGGUUGGCGGUGGUACAGCUUCAGCCACACUACCCUUGCUGCAAGCAAUGUCUCAGAAUGGCCAGCCACUAAUCGGACAGUAUGAAUUCACCGAUCUCUCUACAGCCUUCUUUCCCGCCGCUCGCAAGCGUUUGGCUCAGUGUGGCCACAAUGUCAACUAUGAGGCUUUCGAUCUUGCGCAAGCUCCUGAUACGCAAGGUCUCGAACCUGGCAGCUACGAUGUUGUCAUUGCCUGCAAUGUUGUACACGCUACUCCCGACAUUGCGUCUUCUCUGAACAAUAUUCGCCAGCUCCUUCGUCCCGGGGGCACGCUGAUCCUCAUGGAGAUCACGACGCCAGAACCUUCGUACCAACUUGUCUUUGGCUCUCUUCCCGGCUGGUGGUCUGGUGCCGGCGAAGGACGGGUAAAAUCUCCCAUUCUCCCCGACACUGAAUGGAAACAAAAGUUACAAGAGCAGGGUUUCGAAUCUGAUCCAAUCAUUGUGUCCGACUACGCGGAGUCUGAAGGCGGUACGAUGAGUGUCAUCUUUGCCAAGACUUCUGUUGAAUCCAAGCCGGAUCUGAGCGAGAUCUCACUCCAUCUUGCAAGUGGUUUGACCGGAGAUUCUAUAGGUAACCUUGACGAUAUCGCUGAAACUCUUCGCCAGAGCCCCGGACUCGGUCUGCGCCAGAUUACUACCGGUGGUCUUGAAAGCAUCACGAACAUUGCUGAUACAGUGCUUGUGGUAGACUCAGAGAUAUGCGAAGCGCUCGCUCAGAUGAAUGCUUCGUUGUGGCAGCAACUCCAGAGUUGUGCCCUGUCGUGCAAAGCCCUGCUCUUGAUCACGCGAGGCGCUGCUAUGAACACGACCGCGCCCGAUGGAGCACUGACUCUGGGGUUUGCUCGAUCUCUGAGGCUGGAACAACCCACCAUUCGUUACAUCACGCUUGAUCUCGAUCCAAGCACUCCGCGCGGAGCCGAUGACGAGCGUACGAGUUCCUUGAUAACCCAGCUUCUGACCUCUCAGACAUUCGACUUCAAUCGCAGCCUGGCUGAUGUCGAUUACGAGUUUGCCGAACGAAAUGGACAGUUGUACGUCAAUCGACUAUUCCACAACGAGAAGCUCGAACAGACCAUCGCGCGCUCCACGUCAAGAUCCAAGCCCGAGCAGACGUCUUUCCUGAACCGCUCGCGGACACUCAGGGUCGAGCCAGGCGUAGCUGGGCUACUAGAAACCUUCCGAUGGGUAGAUGAUCAUGAGUACAGUCGUAGCCUGGAACCGCACGAGAUUCGCAUCGAGUGUCGUGCAGCCAGUAUCAAUUUCCGAGACGUCCUCAUUGCCACUGGUGAACUCGGCGGCUCUGCGACCAUGAUGAACGAUUGUGCCGGCACAGUGGUGGAAGUUGGCAGCCAGAUGAGUUCGCGCUACGCGGUCGGUGAUCGAGUCUGCAGCUACUAUGCGCAAUCGUACAACAAUUACCCCAUUGUUGACGGAGAUCAUGCGGCUCGGAUCCCAGACAACGUCUCCUUCUCACUUGGCGCGUCUCUUCCGAUUGUCUGGGCAACCACUUACCACUCGCUGGUCGAUGUAGCUAGACUCAAAGCAGGAGAAUCGAUCUUGAUCCAUGCCGCUGCCGGAGCAGUCGGUCAAGCCGCUGUCAUCCUGGCCCAACAUCUCGGCGCCGUGGUUUAUGCAACAUGUGGAUCAAAGGAGAAACGCGCUCUUCUUGAGAGCAUUGGUGUUCCUCAAACUCACAUCUUCACGAGUCGGUCUCCAGCAUUUGGGCCUGCGUUACGUACCUCGAUCGGAAACAAAGGUGUCAAUGUAAUUCUGAAUUCUCUGGCUGGUGAACUUUUCCGAGAAUCUCUGGACUGCCUCGCAUCCUUUGGACGCUUCGUCGAGAUUGGCAAAAAGGACUUCCUGGACAAUUCGCUGAUGCCAACGAAGUUUCUGCUUCAAAAUAUCACCUUUGCCUGUGUCGAUCUGGUGCAGAUGAUGGCCGAAGACAAACAGCUAGUGUACCGCUUGCUCAACGACGUUGUUGAACUAAUCGCCAGUGGGGAAUUGAAAAACCAGGUGACCAUCCAGCCAUACAAGCUUGGCGAGAUUGAAGCUGCUUUCCGUCUAAUAUCGUCCGGCAAGCAUAUGGGCAAAGUGAUCCUCACGGUAGAUCAAGAUGAACUUGUUCCGGCCCUCCCAGAAAUGUACGCGCUUCCCAUGCUACAGCCUGAGGCCACCUAUAUCUUGGUUGGUGGCUUUGGUGGCCUGGGAAUUCGUCUCAUCCAAUGGCUCGGAGCGAGAGGCGCGCGGACGAUUGUUGUAUUGUCACGAUCAGGACAAAAAUCUCCAGCUGCAAACGCGUGCGUCGCAGAAAUGCGCAGCAUGGGCGUCAAAGUCCUUGCCAGGAGUUGUGACAUUUCUUCUAAAGAGGCCGUAAAAGCCGUUGUAAGAGAGCUACAAGUUGUCGACGGGCUAGGCCCGAUUCGAGGUGUCAUUAACGCCGCGAUGGCGCUUGAGGAUGCGUUAUUUGACCAGAUGACACACCGGCAAUGGGAGGCGUCUUUGGCCCCUAAGGUUGCCGGAACCAGGAACCUCCACGAAGCCCUGCCCAUUGACAUUGACUUUUUCGUCGUCUUGUCAUCAAUUGCUGGCAUCAGUGGCCAUACUGCUCAAGUUAAUUACACGGCUGCAUGUACGUUCCAAGACGCCUUCAUUCACUAUCGACGAAACCAAGGCCAGUCCGGAUUCGCGAUCGAUGUUGGAGUCGUUGGCGACGCUGGCUUUGUCAGUGAGACUCCCGCUGUGCUCGCCACCAUGAAACGUCAAGGCUUUUCCCCCAUCUCGGUCGUCGAGCUUCUUGCCACUCUCGAUUAUGCCCUGACUGACAGCGGAUCGCAAUGCCAGGCCACCAUUGGCUUGGUCCCCGAGGCCGGUGUAAGCAUAACUGACUGGCUGGAGCAACGGCGUAUCGCACAUCUGGUCCAAGACUCCGAGAAUUUUGGACGUGCAGGAGGAGCCGACGGCAGUGGGAAUGGCGCAGAGCACUUCGACCAGAUCAGGUCUGCCAAGACUGCAGAAGAAGCAGUCACCGCCGUCGGACGCGCAGUGCUCGGCGAAUUAAGCAAACUGACAGUCACUCCGGUGGACGGUAUCUUGCUUCAUCGUACUCUGGACUCAUACGGAGUUGAUUCAUUAGUGGCGGUCGAAUUGCGCAACUGGAUCGUGGUCAUGCUCGCUGCUGACGUAUCCCUCCUUUUGAUUCGAGAGUCUAGGAGUAUUGAAGAGCUUAUCCGCUUGGUCGUGGGUAGGUCCAAAUUGGUUCCAGCCAAGCUACAAGAAGCUGUGUCGAAGCUCGUUUGA